GGAGCGCUCCGCUACGCGAGCCGGGCCUCUCGGUUGCCGUGGUUGCGGGUCGGGCCCACCCGCGCGCCCGCCGACAGCGAGGCUUCGGGAGAGGGAAGUGGUCGGUCGUCAGUCGGUCCGGAAAGAGGCUCCGCGCGGAGCUGUUGCCAUGGCAGCCGCCGCCGGGGACGCGGACGAGGAGCCGCGCUCGGGCCGCUCCAGCUCGGAGGGCGAGUGCGCGGUGGCGCCGGAGCCGCUGACGGGCCCCGAGGGCCUCUUCUCCUUCGCCGACUUCGGGUCCGCGCUGGGCGGCGGCGCGGGCCUCCCGAGCCGGGCGUCCGGCGGGGCCCAGUCUCCGCUGCGCUACCUGCACGUCCUGUGGCAGCAGGACCCGGAGCCCCGCGACGAGCUGCUCUGCAAGAUCCCCGCCGGCCGGCUGCGGCGCGCCGCCAGGCCCCACCGCCGCCUCGGACCCCUGGGCAAGGAGGUGCACGCUCUGAAGAGGCUGAGGGACUCGGCCAAUGCCAACGAUGUGGAGACAGUGCAGCAGCUGCUGGAAGAUGGGGCAGAUCCCUGUUCAGCGGAUGACAAGGGCCGCACAGCUCUGCACUUCGCCUCCUGCAACGGCAAUGACCAGAUUGUGCAGCUGCUCCUGGACCAUGGCGCCGAUCCCAACCAGCGAGAUGGGCUGGGGAACACGGCGCUGCACCUGGCAGGCACGGGGCCCAGCCCUGGUGGCUUGCACUCACAUCCCUGUUCUUCCUCAGCCGCCUGCACCAACCACGUGCCUGUCAUCACCACGCUGCUGCGAGGAGGGGCCCGUGUGGAUGCCCUGGACAGAGCUGGCCGCACGCCCCUGCACCUGGCCAAGUCAAAGCUGAGCAUCCUGCAGGAAGGCCACUCCCAGUGCCUGGAGGCCGUGCGGCUGGAGGUGAAGCAGAUCAUCCAGAUGCUGAGGGAGUACCUGGAGCGCCUGGGGCGGCAUGAGCAGCGGGAGCGGCUGGACGACCUGUGCACCCGCCUCCAGAUGACGAGCACCAGGGAGCAGGUGGAUGAGGUGACCGACCUCCUGGCCAGCUUCACCUCCCUCAGCUUGCAGAUGCAGAGCAUGGAGAAGAGGUAGCAAGAGGGGCUCCGUGUCCUCCGCCCCGCCCCUGCCCGCCCGCCCCGUUACUAAGGAAAGCCUGCGCCUGGGACUGGGAGCUGCACUUGUCUGUGAGGCCGUCCUCCUCACCCCGGAUGCCGUGGGCCAGAGAUGCUCUCACCAGCCUCAGAGCCUCUCCCAGCCAUGGCCUCCGUCCUCCCUGAGCUGGGACCACAGCCCCAGCUUCUUCCUCUGGCCCCGGGCAUGCAGCCACACCGCAGCUCUGGCCGGAAGCGCGGGCCUAGCAGGGCUCACCCACUCCGUGGCCUCUGGCACCUCAGCGGGCCCAGCCCUCCCUGUCCCUUCCCGGCCGUGGGCUUGAUGCAGCGGCAGGGUGUGGCUCCAGGCAGGUGCCCUCGGGCUCAGGAGCUUCUGGGAUGGUCCCGCGCCUCUCACCAGCGUUAGAUUUAGACUUGGCACCUGGCUGUCAAGGACACAUUGCUGUGAGCUCUCUGGGCGGAAGGAGAGGUUGGUAAGCCUAGACCCUAGAAAUACAGGUUAGGAAGGACCUGCUAAACCCAGAGCAGAAAAACCCAACCCUUUUCUCCCGACCAUGACGCGCCAGGAGACCAUGGCAGCCUGGUUGGAGGCCGAACAGUGGCCCCAAGGUGUCCGGGUUCUCAUCCCGGGACCCGGUGACCUCUGGUGGCACAAAGACUUGGUGAUGACAAGGCGGUUGCCCUGAUUGUCCAGGGGGGCCUGAGGUGGUCACAGGGACCGUCUGAGAGGGAAGCAGAUCAGAGGAAGUGGGGGGUACGGUGACGGAGCAAGAAGCUGUCCCUGCAAGGAAGGGGUCGCACGCCAAGGAGUGCAGGCGGCCUCCGGAAGCCGGAGAAGGCAAGGGAACGGUCCUCCUCUCGGAAGGAACCAGCCCGGCCGACACCUUGACGUUAGCCCAGUCAGACUCAGAACUCUGACCAUCCGAACUGUAAGAAUAAAUGUGUGUUGUUU